AUGGACGGAGCCGGUGGAAGCGGAGGUUUUGAUCCGUGCGAGUGUAUUAUUAGUCAUGAAGGCGCGAUGCAACGACUUAUAUCUAUGCUUCGUAAUGCUCAAACAACUUGCACUGAUAGUGAAUGUUUCACUGGUUCACUUCCUGGUACAACACCAACACCGGAGCGCAAUACGACCAUGUGGAUGAUGUUUAUUGCUUGGGUUGGAAUUGCAUUUUUGUUAUUCAUUUUUCGCCCUCGUUCAUUACAAUCAAACAGAGAUUUAGAUAAAUCAUCGAAUCAGGGUCCUCGUCGUCAAGAUCCCCCUGGCCCCGAAGUACAAUGA